GUGAAUAAAGCAGAUGCGCCCCUAGAAUAUUUACGUGGUGUUGUCGAUAAUGUGACUGUAAUGUUUUAUCAAUGCUUGGUGUAUUAUUACAUUUAGUUAUUUAUUAGUGACUCAGAGCUUUGUCUCGUUGAUAUUAUAACACAGUGCAAAAACUGGGCCGCAUAUCUGCACGAUGGAGAAUCCAGGAGCCAGUAGUAGUAACAGGACAACUCUGCCCACUUCCUCAUGGUGUCAUCCUGCCAACAGGGUGCAUCGCUUCUUUGCACUGAUGUUAAUGUGCUUCCUUUGUUUUGGUUCCUACUUCUGCUAUGACACCCCCGGGGCCCUGGCGGACAAUUUUAAACAAGACUUGCACUUGAACACAUCCCAGUUUGCCUUGGUGUACUCAAUAUAUUCCUGGCCAAAUGUGAUAUUAUGUUUCAUAGGGGGAUAUCUUGUAGAUAGGUACUUUGGUGUGAGAUUGGGGACAAUUAUUUACAUGGUAAUUGUCUUGAUUGGAGCUGUAAUUUUUGCAGCGGGUGCAUACAUAAAUGCAUUCUGGUUGAUGAUACUCGGAAGAUUUAUUUUUGGAAUUGGUGGAGAGUCCCUGCAGGUGGUGGUGAAUAACUAUGUUGUCCUCUGGUUCAAAGGCAAAGAGCUGAACAUGGUAUUUGGCCUGCAGUUGUCCUUCUCCAGGUUCGGCAGCACUGUCAACUUCUGGAUCAUGGGGCCCAUCUAUAAGUGGGUAUCCACUUAUUUUGUGGGCUAUGAAAGACUUGGAGUGGCAUUGUUUAUUGCUGCCCUCACCUGUUUCAUCUCACUCAUAUGUGGUUUGAUUCUUGGAUGGAUGGAUCACAGAGCCGAAAAGAUCCUAGGCAGGCUGGAAGAGUCCGAGAACAGUGAGCCAUUCCACCUAAGUGACAUAAUACACUUCAAAUCAGUAUUUUGGCUUGUUUCUGUGAUAUGUGUGGCAUACUAUUUGGCCAUCUUUCCGUUUAUAGCUCUAGGAAAGCUAUUUUUUGAACGAAAAUUUGACUUUUUGCCUCAAGACGCAAACACUGCCAACUCCAUGGUGUACUUACUCUCAGCAGCUCUAAGUCCAUUUUUCGGCGUGCUCAUUGACAAAACCGGCCGUAAUGUGAUGUGGGUCAUCAUAAGUAACGUCUCUACGAUAGGGGCACACUGCUUGCUGGCAUUCACGUUCUUCAACCCGUAUAUCGGAGUGGUAUUGUUAGGAAUUUCCUAUUCCCUAUUGGCAGCUGGACUGUGGCCUCUGGUGGCACUUAUUGUACCUGAGAAUCAGUUGGGAACGGCGUACGGAAUUUGUCAAGCCGUCCAAAACUUGGGAUUGGCUACUGUAAUUCUAUUGGCUGGAGUUAUUGUUGACAAAUAUGGAUAUCUGAUGCUGGAGAUGUUCUUCUUGGGUUGUCUCUUUGUUUCCUUGAUAGCUGCUGUACUCGUUUAUAUCGUCGACUCUGCCAAUAACGGCAUACUGAACCUAUCUCCGAGUGUUAGGGAAUCCAUAAAACCGACAAGACCCAUUGACGAAACUGCAAAUUUACUGGACAGUGAAGAAUACACAGACCAAGAAGAGACAGACUCAAGGCCCCCAGAAUGGAAUGACGACCAGGCACCUGCUCCUCAAGACAUUGCCCAAGUUCAGUCAGACAGGAUCCGGAGCAGAUACCUUGCACAAAUAUUACCAAACUCUAACAUUCCCGAUAGACAAUAAUAUGACAAACAUUUUAUUUUUGUAAAUAGAUGUAUUUUAAUUAUUGAUAAAAUGAUGUAAUCUCACAAACACAGGUGUCAAUCAUAACAAAUUAUUAAUGUAUAUUUUAGUAAGGCUACAGUAUAGGUAUUAGUA